AUGGUUUACCAAACCAACUUUCAUCAAACGCAGCCGUUCUCCGUCGCUCUUCGUCGGUGGUGGUCACGUCCAAUGAUGACUAUCCCACCAUCUAAUGGACGUAGUUGCACUAACAAAGAAUGUGCGGCUAUGUGUGCACCCUGCUUUGGCGCCUUACUCACCGUUGUCGCCGUGUACUUAAUUUUUUUGUACAUCGACAAAGCCCACUCCCACGCCAAAAUCUCCCUCCAGUCCCUCGCCCUCUCCUCCGCAACGUGGCAAUGCGAUUUUCUCGUGAAAAUCCAGACCUCGAGGUAUUCUAUCUACUACAACGUCGAUGACGCUGCCGUGAGGCUUGGUUCUCGAAACGCCGCCGUUUUGAACAUCACUAGCCAACGUGUUUCUAGAGAUGACACGGCUUUCUCGUUGGUUUUCGUUGCUAAGGAGGAGAAUCGAAGCGACGCUGGAGCGCUUGAGGUCAAACUCAUGGCGAAGCAUAAGCGUUACGUGGAUAAUGAUGAAGCUGGACACUUUAAUAUUCGGUGCCAAAAUCUGACUCGGAUUAUAUGUGAAUCCUCUUUUACUGGUUUUAGGUUGUUUACUCUUUCAAAAAUAAGACAACGAGCGACAGUUGAAUAA